AUGGAGAAUUUCGCACCAACCAUGCCCCACUUCCUACCUCAACUUCUUUCACAACACCGCGCAACAUCAUCUGCUCACAGCAGAUCAGAAACCAAAGCAUCGACUCUUCUGUCUGUCUGGGAUGCAAAAGCUAAAACCUUGACUAUCGCAAAGGACCUAGUACCUCAAAGCGAACCAAGAAAUGUGCGAUGCGGACCACAGUUCGCUUUGUAUUACUCUGUCAAAGAAAGAUAUAAAACAUUGAAUUGAUAAAGGUAUCGUAACACUCAACUUGACCUCGCCGGCCAAUUCUACCACAAGCUGACAACACAAACAAAUUACCGGUAACCCUAAUAGCAUCUAUACGAAGCACAGGAACACAAGCUCGGAAACUUGUCAACCAUUCUUACGGCUCCAGCCCCUCCAUCCGCUUCCACACUAUAGAGAACUUCCUUACUCAAAACUCCCUUAUUCCACUCCCUUUUAAAUUCGUCCUUCGUCUCAUGACUUACCUGCUUCCACCAAGGAACAAAACAUGGCAUAUCCGUCCUCCAUUUCGCAUCCUCAGGACACCUACCUCCUUUAGUAAUAUCCAUGCACUUUACCUGAACGCACAUUUGCAAAUAGUAGUGUAUGUAGACCACCAAUGCAUCGUAUUCAGAUUCAGGUGUAUCUUUGAGAAUAGCGCUGGCAUAGGGAGUGGACCUCGUAAAGGAGAUAAGGACGCCAAUAGCACGCAUGAGUUCAUCGGGACGCAUGAGAUUGAUUUGUGCAUAGGCCAUUUCCCACUUCAUGAAAAUGUUUUGUCCGACGAGGUCUUUGAGAUUCGAUGAAGCGAUAGGGCUAGAAGCACCUGCUUGUGCCUCUGCCUCUGCCAGUGCCUUUUCGGAUGCCUCCGUCAAUGCUUUAUUGAACACGUCUACAUUAAAGUGUAUGAAUGCCCUUUUUAUGAUUUUCGCAGUGUCCUCAAUCGACUUCUCGUUAACACCAUUAGCACCUUCAUCCUCAGUCAAUACACUACACUCUUGUGGAAACAUUUGUAUAAAAGCAUUUUUCAAUUGUUCCGCAGUGGCAGCUAGAAGACCCUCUUUCACGCGGUUUACCAAAAUGGCCGCUUCAUCCGCGUCUCUAAUUUUCUCUCGUUUUUCGGCCCUCUUUUUCUUAUCAAGUCCGCCUUUUCCCUCGCCAUUGACGUACACAGCGGUAUAAUCAAAUUCUGACGAACACGAAUCAGAGAUCUCAUCAUCAUCUUCCUCUUCAGCACCGGAGAUAUCAAGGAAAAUGGAGCUUAUUUCCUCAUCAUCCUCAACGGUGGCGGGCUUUGUGUCUUUAUUGAUAUGAUUUCUGUGGGAGCAGGGGAAGCUACAAGCGCAAAUCUUCGACUUCAAAAACUCGUCAUAGUUGGACCGAAUCAAUGCUUGUUGAAACAUCGCAUCUUCAUCAUUGAAGUCCUGGGGUGUUGGUAUUUCUGCGGUGUUUCUCGAGAGCGAUCCACCUCGCAUGUGUGUGGAGCCUUGAUUGGUGCUGCCCGGGAGUGAUCCAGCCUGGGAAAUUGUGGAGUCUUGAUUGGUGAGAAGUUCUGCUGCUGAUGUAGAAGCUUCAGGAAUCUUAUCUCUUAUGUCCUCCAUAGUCACAACUUCAUCUUCGUUUGCCGGGGGUAUACGAACUUCACGAUCGUUCUCGAGUAGUAAAGCAGCAUCAGAUGUAAUAUCCAUUCUUAAUUGUGCUUCUUUAGCCUUGUUAAAUGAAGUUUCUGUCUCGUCAUUCAAGCACUCCAAGCGCUCAAAACUAGUUUCAAGCGUUUCCUUCAACAUCUGCAAGUCCUCUUC